GGGUGGGGGAGGGGGGACUUUUUAUUGAACGCGAUGCUGUAUUGUCGUCCUUUCCUCCUGACCACUACCUUGUCUCGGCGUUACCUGUAGGGGGAGCUCGCUCCACAUCUAAUCAAACUGGGUCAUCUUUUCGUCGCUUUGUGUCAGACUGGAAUCUAAACAGCGGGCAUCUGUCACCAUGAAGCGAGUGGGGACCUUCACGUAUAUAAGGAUCUUUUUAUUCUCCAUCAUGACAGGACUGGUUCUGUUUAUUCUUGUCUCCAUCAAAAGCACCAGCGUGCAGACAAACAGAUUAACAGUAGAAGAAGAAUGGCCACAGACAACAACAGAGUCCAUGGAAGAUAGCCUAGUAACAGCCACCAAAAAAUUUCACUACCCGACAAACCCUCCGUCAGCACCAAAGCGUCCUGAUGACCAGCCGUCCAGAAAGAACGCCUUCCGCCAACCAGAAGAGAAUGUCACCCAAAAGCCGGAGAAAAUAAAGCUGGGCUACAGUUAUCCCGAGUGGUAUUUGAGGUCAUGUCAAAGAUCGAUAACCUAUCACACGAAAGACGAGUUCGUGGGUGAUCGCCCUUUCUUCCCGCCGUGUGCUGCGCAGACUACGGGCAACAGGAAGGGAUUCUACCCCAUGAUAGAACCUAAGAGGUACCUACCGAACAGCAAGAACCCUUGCUGGAUCGACAAGCCUGGGGACGUGAGAACACUGCGCUGCAUCCCAUACUUCUAUGUGGCUGGCGUAGCCAAGUGUGGGACCUCUGACCUUUUCCGCCGCAUCCGACUCCACCCGGAAGUCAUGAAGGGUACGAUGAAGGAGUACCACUGGUGGGACCGCACCCGCUUUGGGUUUACAGAUGAAGAAGAAGAGGUAACAUUUAGACAGUACACGAUGCAGGUGACCGGCGACAACGGGCUGGAGAGCGUGCUGAAGGAUCUGAGGACAAACGGGUCAUCGAGGAGACUUUUUGGUGACGGCUCGCCAUCUUAUGUGCGGGACUUGGACGGUUGGCCACAGAUAGACGGUAACCAGGGCUGCCUUGAGCCGCGCGUCACGAUUGGCCAGCAGAUACGUCACUUGUACCCGGAUGCCAAGAUCAUCAUCAUCCUCCGACAUCCAACCCCAAGGCUGUACUCUCGUUUUCUGUCACGCAUACCUCGCACGCCAGACUUCAAGGAUGCGACGUCCAAGUCAUUUCACGAGUACGUGGUGAGGGCGGUGCGCCUGUAUCGGGAGUGCUUCGACCGCUGGUCCCUCCGCCACUGCGCCUACAACGGCACACUCUACGCCGAAGCAGUGACGCGUGUGUCUGAGGGUCUCUAUUCAGUCUUCUUGGAGGACUGGCUCCGGAUAUUCCCCCGGAAACAGAUGCUCAUACUGCGAUACGAAGACUACGCCCGGGACAUGGAGACAGAGCUGAUGAAGGUUUUCGACUUUCUGGGUACAGCCUCCAUGACGAAGGAGGAGAAAGACGUGGUGAUGGAGCAUGUGACGGUCAAUGUGGGCGACUUAUACGAGAAACUCGGUCCCAUGCUGCCAGAAACUAUCAGUGUCCUCAACGAGUUCUACGAGCCCUUCAACCAACAGCUCGCCCAGCUCCUCGAUGACGAACAGUUCCUGUGGAGGGACAUAACCCCCUGACCUAACCCCUCACCCCACAAACACCCGGGUGAACGUCCUACCCCUUGUUGGAGGAUACUUGACUUUCAAAGCCAAAAUAAAAAUAAAAUGAACGUGACAUAUUUUCAAUGUCCUGUCCAUCUGAGUAAGGGUGGUGACCACUUUUCGAAGUUUUUCACCAACACCAGUUUUUUUUUGUUUAAAGAAUGAAUUACAUGAAUGUUGAAGGUGCGAAAGUCUUGAUUAAAAUUAAAACUGUUGCUAUUUAUAACAAAUGUAUUUUGACAUAAAUAUGUAAGCACAUCGCAGCUACAGAUGUGCAUGAAAAUAACAUUGCAGUAACAAUAUUGGGAUUCAAUGAAUAAUCGAUGUUAGUUUUGAACCAACGAGCAUUUUCGACAAAACAAAGAAAUAAGUUUAUGAUCUUCGUGACAUGAAGUCCUACAACUAAUAAAGUGUUUUACACCUGC